CGGAUAAAUAGCAGUCACAAAAGAAGAGCACAUAAACAGGUUGUACUAACGCAUGGGUACAAGGCCUAUUUGACAGUAAAUCACAAUCUACAUACUAAAUAUAGAUUUAGUCAAAUAGAUUAAGAUGAAGACGUUGGCAUUGCUCUCAUUGAGCGUAGCAGUGGCUCUGGGAAUGCCACCAUUUGCUCCAGGCGUGGCACAAAACCCUGUGUUGACUAAAGAAGACCAGAGCCCUCUGCUGGGGGACUUUGUUCCUGCGCAGGGUCAUGUUGUGGUGGAAGAUCCUGCACCACAAUUCAGGCUAGGCUCGGAGAAGCAACUGGAAAAAUUGGCUCCGGUGUCACUGGACAUGGAGCAGAGUAUGGUGGAAUCAGAGAUCAAAGUGAAGCCACAAGUUGGAGAGAAGAAAGAAAAGACAGAAGCUAAGAAGGAGACAGACGUUAAGGUGGAGCAGGAGCUAAAACCAGAGCCAGAAGUUAAGGUGGAUCUAGAGGCUGAUGUGGCGCCAGAAGAAAAUCUGAAUCCACAGGUCAUGGCUGAACUAAAGAUUGAUGAGAAGCCAAAAGUUGAGAUGGAGCCAGAGCUUAAAGAUGACCCAGACUUUAAAGUGGAAUCGGAGGUUAAGGUGGAGCCAGAUGUUCAAGAGUUUCAGGUGCAAAUGAACCUUGAGGCAGAGACUAAAACAGGCUGGGAGAUUGAAGAGAGGCACAUUGACAUGGAGGGAAAAUAUGAAAUGGUGGGCAAGCCAAUCAUGGAGUUGGAGCCACUGGAUGACGACGAUGACGACAACAUGUCUGUAGACGAACUGAGUAACACAGAGCUGUCCAAAGUGGAGAAGUCUUUCAGGGCAGCAUUUCAGAAUCAAGAUCUUGUCGAUCAACCUCUGCCAGAGCAGGAGAAGGGACUUAUUCAAGAGAGGAGCUAUGUUUUAGAUGAAGAACCAAUCACAGAGCUGGAAACCUCACAAGAUAAGGUGGAUCAGGAUGUUAAAACAAAGCCAGAAGUAAAUCUGAAUCCAGAGGUUAUGGCUGAACUAAAGGUUGAUGAGAAGCCAAAAGUUGAGAUGGAGCCAGAGUUUAAGGAUGACCCAGACUUUAAGGUGGAAUCAGAAGUUAAGCUGGAGCCAGAUGUUCAUGAAACGGAUGAAACCAAAGAGAGGCACAUUGACAUCGAGGGAAAUCAUGAAAUGGUGGGCAAACCAAUCAUGGAGCUGGAGCCACUGGAUGACGACAACACGGAACUGUCAGAAGUUGAAAAGUCUUUGAGGGCGGCAUUUCAGAAUCAAAAUCCUGUCAAUCACCCUCUGCCAGAAGAGAGAGGGUUGCUUAUGAGUGAGAUGGAUUCAGAUGGAGAACCAAUAAUGGAGCUGGAGUCUGAGGAUGAGGUCCUUAUACAUCAACAGGUCAUGCCAGAUGCCUCUCUCACGAAAGAAGGGCCAGCAUUGGACAUUAUAGGACAGCCGAUAUUAGCUUUAGAGCAGUAUUUCCCAAAUGAAGAGGCUAGGAUGGGCAUGGAGCAAGAGCAAGACUCUCACAUGGUGGAGGGGUCACACCAUUUGAUGAUGGAGGAACCAAGCAGGGAGAGCCGUUGUUCUGGUGUGAUACUUGAGGGGAAGUGUUACCAGUUCUUCAAAGGGCCAAAGGGGGCUGCAGAUGCUGAGCUCUUUUGCCAGGGAAAUUUCCCUGGUGGCCAUCUGGCUUCCGUCACAAGCCAACACAUUCACAGAGAGGUCAUGAACAUGAUGCUGCGGCAAAACGGGGCACUCACACGCACCUGGAUUGGAGGACUACAAUAUUUGCAGACCGGUCGCUUUAUCUGGUUGGAUGGAUCCCACUGGGGCUAUGCUGAUUGGCUGUCAGGGGAGCCCAACAACACAGAAGAUUUGGAGGAAUGUGUGGAAGUGCUAGCAAAGGGAAAUGGAAAGUUCAAUGACUUCACAUGUUGGGAAGCUCAGGCUUUCAUCUGUUCCUACUCUUAUUAGUGAAUGUAAAGUGAGCUCAUUUUCGAGAUUUGAUGCUAAGUUUCUGACUUUUUCUUUAAGUUUAAAAUCACAACUUGGAAAGCAAGCGGCCUGACUUAAAGGACCAUAACAUAAUUUAUCAAAUACUACUGGAAAAUCCGGACAUCUGAGCAUGUUGUUCCUAAUAUUACAACAUGGCUUUAUUUGUUUUUGAUAACAAGCCAAUUUCCUGUAAUUAAAAAAAACUUGAUAUUUUA